AUGGAUGGCAUUUCUGGCCUAGCUACCUGGCGGUGGAUAUUAUUAUUAGAAGGUCUUCCAAUUAUUUCUCUCGGAUUCAUUACUUUGCUCUUUUUGGCAAAUAUUCCCGAAACUGUACGAUGGUUAACUCCGUGUGAGAAACAAAUACUCACACGUAUACUGCGCGAAGAUGCUCGCGUAGCUGACGGUGAACCGGAAGCAUACAAUUGGUUAUCGUGGCGUCAAGUUCGUUAUGCUUUUACUGAUUGGAGAAUUUAUCUCUAUACCGUAAUAUCGAUUGGAAAUCUGGGUGUGAUCAGAUGUUGGACUGUAUAUUUUCCUAGUUUCGUUCAAAUGAUAACCUCCUCACCGGAGAAUGAACAUUGGUUAUCGGUUCCAUCCUAUUUAGUUGCUACUUUGUGUAUUUUCAUAGUUGGCUUUUCAGCGUCCCGAAAUAACGAGCACGGCUAUCAUUUGACUGCUGCAUUAGCUAUCGGUGCAAUAGGCUUUUUACUGAUGGCAGUCGUGGAAGAGAAGUCAAAAAUUGUCAUGUAUUUCUUUGGCUUUUCAGCGUCCCGAAAUAACGAGCACGGCUAUCAUUUGACUGCUGCAUUAGCUAUCGGUGCAAUAGGCUUUUUACUGAUGGCAGUCGUGGAAGAGAAGUCAAAAAUUGUCAUGUAUUUCUGUAUGACUGUAGCCUGUUGUGGAACAUUCGCAAGUUUUCCAAUACUUUUAUCGUGGGUGACGAUUAAUGUGGGUGGACAUACGAAAAGAGCUCUGGCCGUGGGCUUUGUGUCCGGUUUCGGUAAAGUAGGCGGAAUACUGGCACCAUGGAUCUAUAACUUUGAAGACAAAUGUGGCGAUAAGAAUAAGUGUCAAUUUCGGCAAGGUCAUAUAAUAUGUGCAACGAUCAUGUUCACUGCAGUGCUGACUACUCUUCUGCUGCGUUUUUUGUUAAACAAAGAAAAUAACCGACGAGCAAAUCUUGGUGAAGCUGAGUGGCAGCGACAAGCAAAAGUAAAAGAACCUUGUGAUAGGCAUCCCGAUGUUCGCUACAUGUUAUGA